UUGGCAGGUACGGAUGAUUAUGAUUACACGCACACAGAAAACGAAGAAGUGAGCGUCCAGUAUUGUCAUUCAAAUCAUCUGUUUCGUGAAUUCUUGUGUGUUUUGUAUAUAAAUUUAAUUUAUUUCCAAUUUAUUUAAUAAAAUGAUCAUAAAUUAUUGAUACUAUUUAUUCAGUGUAUGAAAAAAUUAUGUUUGUUUAGGGUUUGUUUUUUUAAUUUGUGUGACGUCAUUGUUUUCGCUGCCAGUAAUAACGACGCAGUUGCAUUUUUUACUUGAAAAUGGAUUUAAAAUGAGGAUUAUUUUCGUAAAUAAGGCGACAGUAGGCCAUCAUGUCAGCGGAGUCGCCGCGGCACGUGCGCUCCGGCGGGCCGCUUACGGUGCCGUCGCAGCCGCCCAGCGACCGCAGCAUCAUUGAUACCGUCUCCGGGUUCAUCAAUGACGUCACACUCUCGUCCUCCUCCACUGUCGACCCUAAGGAUGUGAUUCAGUGGGCGAGAUUCGAGACAGCUGAUAUAAACGAACCGACGCCAGAAGGAGACGGCGACAAUGACAUAUCUCCAUUGCUGCUUAUACUGGGCUAUGGGUCCGGCGUGCAAGUGUGGCUGAUCCCACCCAGCGGCGAGGCCCAGGAGGUGUUGUCAUGGAGACAAGGCACAGUUAGGGUGCUCCGUAUACUGCCUACACCGCAGCACGGCGACUGCUUCGCAUCGAAGAGGCCCCUUAUCGCUUUGUGUGACUCCGCCAGUCCUGGACCGACUUUUUGCUCUCUCAGCUUCAUAUCAAUCAGGGGCGGAGAACAGGUGAAAAGUAUAAAAUUCAAGAAUCCCAUACUCGACGUACUAGCGAAUAAGCGCUCCGUGGUGGUAUCUUUCUCCGAGCGCUUCGCUGUCUUCGACGCGGCGACGCUGGAAGACAGAAUGACAGUCACCACGUGCUACCCGUGCCCGUGCCCACUCGGCGGGAGCGCGCCCAUCAACCCGCUGGCGCUCGGCGACCGCUGGCUGGCGUACGCUGACAAAAAGUUGAACCAGUCCAAGAGGAGCAGCGGCGGUUGUGAAGGCGAAGGCGUGACGAGCUACACGGCGACGGUGCUGCACGCGGCCAAGUCGCUGAGCAAGGGCCUGCGCGGUCUCGGCGAGAGCGUGGCGCACAGCCUGGCCGGCGGCCGCACCGCCUCGCAGUCGCCGUCGCCGCCGCACGCCGACACGCAGCAGCCCGGCCUCGUCACCGUGCUCGACAUAGAGAGUAAUGAUGACGACGACGGGCAAGAUAUAGAGGAGCCGUACGAUCCGAUCGUGGCGCACUUCGUUGCCCACUCGGAGGCGAUCAUCGCCCUGAAGUUCGACGCGAGCGGCAUGCUGCUAGUGACGGCGGACCGGCGCGGGCACGACUUCCACGUGUUCCGGAUCAACCCGCACCCGUGCGGGCCGAACCUCGCCUCUGUACAUCACCUCUAUAUCCUGCACAGGGGCGACACCACCGCCAAAGUACAGGACAUCGCGAUCUCGUGGGACGCGCGAUGGGCGGCGGUGUCGACGCUGCGCGGCACGACGCACGUGUUCGCGCUGAGCCCGUACGGCGGCGCGGCCGGCGUGCGCACGCACACGCAGCCGCGCCUCGUCAACCGCCUGUCGCGCUUCCACCGCUCCGCCGGCCUGCCCAUACACGCCGCCGCCGCCGCCGCCGCUGCCGCCUCCACCAGCCCGGUGACGUCCGGGUCGCAGGGCGCAUGGUUCCCCAACCCGCGGCUGCCACCGUAUCCGCUGCCCACGUGGGCGGCUCCGCUCGCGCAGCUGCGCCCCACCAACUUGCCCACGCACACCAUCACGCGCACCAGCUCAGGUCGCCAACGAUUGUCGUCUCUUUCGGAGGAUAGUAACAGCGCGCCGCUAUUAGCGCGCGCCCGCUUCGGUAUGUGCAUAAGCGGCAGCGGGAGCGUCAGCGGAAGCGGACGGGCGCCUGCGCCUGUCGCUGCGCUCUACCUCAUGACCGCUAAUGGAGCUUUGCUACAUCUACUGUUGCACCCUCGCCCUGCAUCAAGUAUACCGAAAGAGAAGAUAUGUGACGACUCGCCAAUCGAGCUGGAGGUGGAGCCGAUAGCUCAGUGGCCUCUGCAGCGGCCGCCCGCCGCUGCCGACCUGCUGGCACCGCUGCCGCCUUCCAACCCGCUGCUGCAACCGCACACCUACCGGCGGUGUGCGGACAUGUGCAUGAGCGAGGAGGAGCGCUGGCUGUCGCAGGUGGAGAUCGUGACGCACGCCGGGCCCCACCGCCGUCUGUGGAUGGGGCCGCAGUUCGUCUUCAAGACCUACAGCUGCACUGGGUCGAGCUCGUCGCUGUCGGAGGCGGAGACGGUGGAGGUGGAGGCGGGCGGCGCGGGCGUGGCGCGCUCCACGCCCGUCAACAUGCCCGCCGCGCGCCCGCUCGUGCCCGUGCUCGUCGACUCGGGCUCCGCCAGUUCAUUAGAGCAGUCUCCACUAGAGGGCGCUCGUCGCAAGUCGUUGGUGACCGAGUACCGUGGUAGUGGCAGCGGGGGCGCGAGCGGAGGCGGAGGAGGCGUGUGUGACGUGCAGCUGCGCGAGGACCUGGCUGAAGCCAUGAAGGAAGAUCACGGGUGGCCGCGCGAGCGGGAAGCGGAAGCGGAAGCGGGAGCGGGGAGCGGGCGCGCGGCGCUCGUGGAGCGCGCCGUGGACCCGCUCGGGUGCGUGGUGGCCUCGCCGCCCGUGGCGCCGCCGCCGCCGCUCGACGCCGACCUGUACACGCGCGACAACCGCGACGAGGCCACCUUCCGGCCCGUCGUGCGCGCGCCGGCCGCGCUGCCGCCGCACCCGCCCGUGCUGGCGCGCCCGCUGCCGCGCACCACCACCAUCCCCGUGCAGUCGCUGCCCGCCGCGCCGCCGCGGCCGCCGCAGCCGCCGCAGCCGUCGCAGCCGCUGCCCACCGACGUGGUGAUCCCGGCCGCGCUGUCGCGCGCCUGGCCGCCGCCCACCGCGUGGGCGCGCGUCGCCGACCCCGCCCACGGCGACCGGGAGCCCGACCUCUCACAAUCACUGCCAAAAUCGAGCCGCUCGCCUGAUAUUCAGCCGGCGGCUCCACUUAGUGUUAGUAAAUCUCCCACCCGUGAAACGUGUAGAGACGACGAACUUAGUUAUAAGCGAUCGGGGCCUAUAGAAGCUGAAGAGUUUGAGCCCGAUACAGUUAGUCAGAGUAGUGUGCCUAGGGAUGUUCGAGAGCGAAGUGAAAAUAAAGAAAUCAGGGAACCAGUAGAAUCUAAGCAGACGAAGGAAACCGGAAAAGUUAGGAAAGUUAGUGGAUCUAGGGACACUAGAGAGUCUAGCAUACCGAGAGUUAAGGAAUCGAAAGAAAUUAGAAAAAGCAGAAAAUCGAGUGACUCUGUGGAGGUUAAGGAUGAUUUAAAAAAUAAAGAAUUCGGAGAGUCUAAAGAACUAAAAAGUAAACACAAGAGAACUAAUGAUCCUUGGGAAAUUCAGGUACCUAGUACGUCACAUGAGUAUUCCACCUCCAUAAAUAUUAAAGGACCUAAUGUGUCGAGAGAAAUAAAAGAGUCUAGUAUCCCAAGAGAAACUAAGGAGUUUAGUAUGUUUAGAGAAGAAGGUGAGCCAAAAACACCCCGAAAAAAUAGAGAGUCCAAGAGAGAAGUUAAAGAAAUUAGUGUUCCAAUAGAAAUCGAGAAAACUAGCAUACCGAGAGAAGUUAAGGAGUCAAGUAUACCUAGAGAAAUGAAAGAAUCCAAGACCUCAAGAGACAAGGAGUCUAGUGUACAAAGAGAAAUUAAAGAGCCAGUUAAAAAUAGAGAUAUGAAAGGUAUGUCGGAAAAUAAAGAAACUAAGAUUAAAGAAUAUAAAACAAAAUCUGUUGCGAGUAUGUUCCAACAGGAUGAAGAAUACAUUAAAGAUGAUUUAAAAAUAUCAGAUAAUAAGGAAUUACUUGUUUCGAAGGAAGAUCAAUCCAUUUCUACAACAGUAAAGUCUUGGAAAAAGGGUAUUUCUCAUAUAAAAUCCAAGGAAUGGCAAGCCCAUGAUAUUAAAACCGAGGAUCAGGCAUGGGACAUGUUACUUAGUGAAGCCCAGAAACCUGCAAUGGUAAAUAUUAGUCAGCAGGCUGUAGAUAGCGACAAGAGUUCUGAAGAAUCCAAGCCUAAGUCUAAGAGAAAUCGUAAAGUUAAGAAAGCUCAAGAUGAUCGCCAAAUUAAAGUUGAAGAGGACAGUUUUGUAGAAAUACAUGCUAUAGAAGACAAGCAGCAGUCUUCUAGUGGGGAACUAGUUUCAAUUUCAACUCCUUAUGAGGAUGCUGAGUCGUCUAGUUUUUACCUUCCUAAAACUAGAAAAUCACGUGGAUCUAAAAGUGUGACUCCGGAAAAAAUCGAUGCAACUGAGAAAACUGUACCUGAAAUAGUUAAUGAAGAGUCUCUAACAACAAUUGAUAAAUAUAAUAGAAGUGAAGUUAAAGACAAAGAUGCCUUGUCUGAAUUCGGAACAUUAUCUGAUUACAGCGCUGUUUUGAAAUGUAAAGAAAAAUCGAAAGACAAGCUAAAACCAGAUGCGAAAGACGAAUUUGUGCCCGAAUGUGUCUCUCUCUCUUUGAAAGAAACGCUAAGAUCAAAGAAAAGCAAAUCUUUGUCACCAUAUACCGAAGCACGUAAAUCAGCAGAACGAUGUCUAGAUACUGAAACAAAAGAUGUGUACGUCAUAGACACUACUAAGGAAGAAUUUCCUGAAAUUCAAAUUACAAGAGGCAAACCACGUAAGAAGUCUCCGCAACCUAUAGAAAAGAAAAAUACGGAAUGUGAAAUGCCUGUUAAAUCAUGGAGUUCAAUAGCCGCAUCUAAAGGUAAUAAGAAAGUCGAAGAAACCGAGAAAAAAGUAGAAGUGGUGAAAAAAGUUGAGGCGGUCAGUUUGAGAGAUGAACUAAGAGACGCAGCCUGUUUUUUAGAUGACAAUAUAGAGUCUUCCAAAGAUAUAUCCUUGCAAGAGAAACUGUAUGAAAUAUGCAAGCGAACAGAUAUAAUGGUAGCAGAGUGUGACGCGCCCUCUGAGCUUAACUUUGUUGAAGAACAUCAUGCGGUUUUGCACGAUUUACCUCCUCUAGAGCCCUUGGGUUUCGGCUUAGAUGAUUUUAAGCUAGAAGUGAUGCGUGAUAGCCUUUUAGAUAUUCACGAUACUAAAAUCACGAGUCCCAUUUGUAAAAUCAAUAUAGAUGAUAUACUAUCGUCAAUAAAGGAAACCACUUCAAAAGUAAUCGAAUCGAGUACUUUUAACUUGAUCGAUUUAGAAAAGGUUCCCGCCAAGAGAGAGAAGGGUUUCAGCGUGAUUGAGAGUCAUAAGAUAACAUCACAAGAGGUAGGGAUAGACGACGAGCCAAAAUCGGACGACAAAGAUGCUGAAAUAAUGGAGAAGUCAUCAGACGACGACGGCACAUCGCCUGUGGUGUCGACCGACAGUGACAAGGAUGACAAGAAGGGCGCUGGCACAUCUAAAACUAUUCUGCCUUCUGCAAAGCAAUUUAAAUCUAAGAAGUCGCGUAGGAAGAAGAAGUAAUAUAUCAGGUGAUGUGUUCAAAUAAUUACUUGCUUAAUAAUUUUCAUUGCAAUGUACCCGUUAAAUAAUUCGUGGAUUAGGUAUCAAAAUAUUUGCUGCUAUUGUAGUUGUGUUAGUUUUAAGUGAGGCAAUUUAAAAUUGAUAUGCACAGGUAAAAGACAAGAAAAUAUAUUAAAUUUAAAAUUAAAUAGUGCUCGAGCCUAAUACGUAAUACACAUGAUCUUAUUACUAUUAUAUUUCUGUCAUAUCGAAAAAAAAAAUAACAUAAAAAUGUAAAAAAAUUAGUAAAAUAAUAAAAAUAAAACUGUCAUUAGAAUUUUUAUGAAGAUAAGUGACAAAGGAAAAUAAUACUUUAUUAUUAGUUACAUGGACCACACGGUAUUUGUAAUUGGUAGUUUUUGAUAUUAUUUUAUUAUUUUUUAAAUAUACUCGUAAGGAAAUAAUAUCAAAGUGUUAGUAUUUGAUUGUAUUAUAGUAGUUUCAAUUUAUGUUCUCAUUUAACAAACAUAAUAUAUUCCUAAACAUCUAAGUUAGUGUACUAAACAAAGAAAAAUAUUAUUAUAGUUUAAGUUAGUCAAUCUUAUGAUAGCCAGAGAUAUGUACACUAUUAUAUUCAUAAAAAUUCUAACCAUUUGCUACAUAUAUCACUGAUCCCUUAGUACUUAUCUUGGAUAGUUAUGACCUCUAAUAUAGAUGUAUAAAUGCCUUCUUAGUGAAAUAAAUAUCGCCGUCUGAUAAUCUAAUAAUUAAAGGGAUGCCAAUCGCAGGAUAUAAAAAACACUCAAUUUGUUAUCGUCUGGUACUUUUGUCAUAUAUAAUCUGAAAGAGAUAGACUUAUUAUUCUAGUUAGACUAUUUUGUUCUAUGUCGGACGCUAGUUACCGGAUAGUUGUUGGUAGUGAAUAUUUUAUUUUCAUACUAUCUUUUGCCCGUGACUUCGCUUGCGUGUGGUAUUUGAUUUCUUGCAAAUUUUGAUUUGAACCAUAUACCUAAAUUUAAAAUUUCACUUCUAAACAUACGAAAUUGUAAACAAACUUUCAACUCGUGUUUCACCCCCUUAGGGGUUGAAUUUUUAAAUUUCCUUAUUGUUCACCUACAUUAUAUAAAGAAUCUAUCUGCAAAAUUUCGAGAUUCUAAAUUCAGCGGUUUCGACAGUUAUUGUAAGAAGAAAUAAUUUUAUGUUCGUAUACUAAUCUCUCUUUCAUUUAAGAGUUUCCUCUUGUCGGUGCAACUAAUUCAUGUACCUUCUUCCAGCCAGCUCUAUCCCAGGCCAUAUCCUUGACCUCCCUAUACGACAUGACACCUAGUGUUUCUUUUAUCUGUCCCAUGUAGUUAUGCCUCGGUCUUUCUCUUCCUCUUUUGCCCUUUAUUUUUCCCUCUACUAUGCUCUUAAAAAAAUCGUCAUAUCGUAUAAGGUGGCCCAGCAUUUUGCCUCUUCUAUUCUCUAUUAUUUUAUGUUUGUAUACUCAUACAUACAUACAUACAUAUCUGUCACGCCUGUCUCCCAUUAGUUUCUUGAGAAUUCUUGUCAACAAAUAACAAUAUUUAAAACCAGCAGUAGAAACCUUUUGUAUCCAUAACACAGGGUCUGUUUAGUUUAAUACUAGAUGGCGUUGUGUGUUAUGUUGAAAAAUAAAAAAAAGCAGUUUAUUUUUAUAAUAUAAAAUUGACCACUCUAUGAGCCGAAAUUUUAAACAUCAGUCGUUUCUUAUCCAUUAUAUACAUAUGAACAUAUGAAAAUAAAAACACACGUCUAGAUAUUAUUAAUAAGUAAAAGUACUCGCUGAUGACUCGAUUCCAUGCAAAGCCAAUGUACAUUUUUUUAUUUUUUUUUAUACAACUUAGAAUGGCAAACAAGCUGACGGCCCACCUGAUGGAAAGUGGUAACCGUCGCCUGUAGACAUGAGCAGUACCAUGGACAUAACAGAGUGUACUGUUUCGCCUAUGAUACCCCCCAUGCGUUGCCAUUCCUGAGGACUCAGAUGUUAUACAUUUCUCUGCUAUCUGGACUAUCACUACUAAUUUGUCGGUGUCUAGUGUCCGACACAAGACAAAAGAGUACCUACAUUAGUGCAGCGCCUUAUUUGACGCGGAGCAAUCGAACAAUUUCCCGUGUGGUCCCUGCAUAGAAUAGGCCACUCCUUCCUUUCCCAUAAGUGUCGUAAGAGUCGACUAAGUGAGGGCGAGGGAUGGGCAGCAGCGUCGCUUUUAAAACAUCAUCAAAAAUAUAACUGCGGUUGCCGAUCCGCCUGCCAAGUCUGGCAACUACUGGCAAAACCUCUAGGAAGAAGCUUAUAUUUAGCAGUGGACAGCUAUAAGCUGAUAUGAUGAUGAGUUAAACAAUUUAUUUCUAGUUCUAAUAUUUAUCUCUGAAUAGACUUUUUUUUUUUAGGAUAGAACGGUUUUCCUUUUAUUAUCUAUGAUGUCUUUCAGUCGUUAACUGUCCAGUCUGAACAUGGGCCUUUCGCAUAAGGAGGGUUUUGCCAGUAGUUGCCACGCUUGGCAGGCAUAUUGGUAACCGCAGUUACCAAUAUGCCUACUUUUGAUCAUGUAUUUAGAGCGACGCUGCUGUCUAUUUUUCGACUAUUAAAUUCCCUUAGUCGCCUCUUACGACGCCCAUGGGAAAGGAAGAGGUAGCUCAUUCUAUGCUGAAACCAUACGCCUUUUUCUUUUAUAUUUAAGAAUAAAUUAUUGUUUUACAAUAAAAUUGUAAAACUCCUACUUAAUAUCCCCUUAAUUUUAUGAUUAUGAAACUGCAUGGUGAAAUAAUAACUUAUGGCCAGUGUCUUAGUGUACAUAACCAUUUACCUAAUACUUUCUACCAUUUUAGCUUGUAACAUUUUGUUAACGGUAAAAAAAUCUCGUCUUUAGAGCAGCUGUUUCAAAAACAUCUCGAUUUUUUUUCCAUUUUAGCCAAUUUCAUUAAAACUUAGCAUUAAUACCUUAAUGACGUUAACAGUAUGAACUUUAAAAUUCAGAUAUUGAAUAUAUCAAAUAAAUGAGACAACCCUAAAGAUUUAGGGUUGUCUCAUUUAUUUGUUGUUGUCUCAUAAAAUUUUAAUUUGUUUUUUAAAUACCAAAUGCUCUCUCAAUAACUAAAAUAACUUGUUAGUGAAAUACCGAAUCUAACGCAAGCGCUCCUGUAUGCCUGUACACACAUGUCUUGUAAAUAUAAUAUAAUUUAUAUGCAGUUUAAUGACAGAGGCUUAAUGUAAUAGCGUUGAUACUCAUUUCGUUUGUUAAUAAAUUGUUAUUAAGCAGUCUCGUGAGAUUUUUGGGUGAACACUAAUAAAAAAAAUAAUUAACAUAUUGUCAGUACCUUUACAUAAUAUUACUAUAUUUAUUUCGAACGUUUAUUUAUUUAUUUUAUAAGAGAUAAUUGGUAAAAUUCGUACCAGUCAUAAUGUGAUUGAUUGCAAUUGAAUAAACGAAGAGCUUGAGCGUAAGUACGUAAAAUAUUGGGUUUCCACAUGUCCCAUAUCUCGAGACUAUUAGAUUAAAUGCCGGUAGAACAAAGACGGGUAUUGGUUGCACAAUUGCAUCGUCUCUUGCUCUUGCAAAUUGCAUGUUUUAUACAAUAUACAGGUUGAUGUCGAAAUUAUUAGCAUAAUUUUAAGCCAGUGUUUUACCAGUGAAACUAACAUUUUCUAAAGAAACUUUAAUUUGGCACACGAAAAAAAUUUAAGCUUCCCGAGCCCGUGGUAUUUUCCAUGGUAUGUAUGUUGAACCAUGUUUUUGUCGUUUUUUAACCCAUGUUUCUUUGGGAAAAUAAUUCAAUUUGAUUGCAAUUUCAAAUAUAUACAGGAUAUAUUUAAUAUAUAUGUACAAAUUCACAGUUAAUACUUCGGCAGGCGGCAAAUAUUUAUACUGAUAUACUUUCCGUGUUCGUGUUUGCCGACAAUAUCUGUGUCUCUGUGUCUAUGUAUACCUCGUAGUUCGCCUUCUAUGCUUCUAUAGGUAGCACUGUCUUGUACAACAUGUGUAUAGAUCAAUGACAUCAGUAUUUGCGUCGCUAGAUACAUAUAAUUGUUGUGUAACGUAAUCGUACGGUACGUAUUACCUUAAUUUGAUCACGGCUGUCUAAUGUACAAAAUAUUUCGUCAUUAUCAAGUAUUAAACAUGUUUAGUAGCAAUUUUUUUUAGUCUUUAUAAGUUGAAACAUGACAAAUAUUUUAUUUUUUCUACGCGGUUUAAAAGUAAAAAUGCUUUAAUUUGUAAUUGCUUACCUUUUUAAUAAAUAAUAUAUAUCUACGUAUCUGGUGCAUAAUAUUUACAUUCAUUUUGUUAUUGUAAAAAAUUAAAAAAAAAACUGUUAUGUAUAAAUUAUAAUUAAUUUAUUAACAUAUGCAUAAUAUGCAAUCUUCUUAACAUCUAUGCAAUAUUGCUUUAAUAUAAAAUUGAGAUCUUUUUAAGAAAGCGUAAAAUACAUUUUUGUUUGCCACAUAAUUCAACCAAAUAUUGUUGAUUGCCUACUUUAUAAAUAAUGUAAGUGACAGUAAAUUCGCUACUGGCUGUUUGAAAACCAAUAUAUUAUGAUUAUAGGUUUAACUGUAUUAAAACUUCUAUUUUAAUUAUAAAUCCUUUUGUGUAUAAAUUUAAAUUAUAAUAUUUAUAUGUACAUAUUGCCUAUUGUAACUAGAAUACACUUUUAAUUUUUAUUUUUUUUUAUAACAUAUUUGGCAGCAAAUAUAUUAUUAAAUUGUUCCGUAGAGUUGAUUCUAUUAUUUUUAAAUUAUACGCAGAUGAAUCAAUAACUCAAAAUAUAUGAAAUAGGCCAUAUAGAUAUAUGAUAGACGAAAUAUACAUAUACCUACACGUACAUGAUAUUACCAGAUCUCAAAUUGAGUUAUAAGGAAUAAUGUCUCUACCUAUUUCUAGGGUGAUGGUAAUUAUAAAUAGGAAAUAUAGUAUCAAAUAGGAACACACGUGUGCUAUUUAUUACAUUCGAUUGAAUAAUUGUUUACCAAAAUUUCAUGAGCGUGAGCACACAUUGAAAAAGUUUUCAUGUGACACAGUAUGAAAAACUUAUCUCGGAGAACCAGUCAUCCAACGGAUACAUUUAGACGGAGCGAUGUGUCUGGAAUUGUCACGUGAUUAUUAGAGACGUAUAAAGGCGUUGGACCACUGGUCGUUCUUUACGCUACGGUAUGACUAAUAUAGGCGAAAAUAUUCUAAAAGGAUAUGUUUAUAUUGUAUGCUAUUUCUCUGGAAAUAAAAAAAAAAAAUCAAAACAUUAUUUCGUUAUUGUACCUGCUAAUGGAGGAUAUGUAGUUAGAAUUAAAAAAUAAAGAAUAUACUAUUACUAGGCAGCUCUUUAAUGUUAGUUUCGUAUUAUGAAGACAAGUUUAAUAGAUUGUAUACUAGCGCCCCGCAACUGAAAAAAGAUUUUUGUUUUAUCUAAUGUGUCAAUUCUAAGGUUUAAUCUCAAAAUGUCCAAAGUGCAACGCACAUACAGAAGUAAAACAAUAGAUUUAAAUCUUAAAAAAACUUUGAAAUGUGCAUAUUUUUAGAUACUGGUCUUCUGCAGUUUGAUUUUCUUGCAACACCCAUGUAGGUUUUAUAUCUUGUAUGCAUUUUGCAAAUUGGACAUUGAGAUUAAACAAAUGAGAAGUGUGUCAAGGUGAAUUUUGAAAUUUAUUGAGAGCUGUAACAUGUUAAUGAAAUGUAAUGUUACAUCUUGGAUUACAUACUUAAGCUAAAGACUUGUACAGACAAGGAAAAAUUCAGUUUUUCGCUCGUUACAACACAUUCUUACAUUCAAUGUAGAAUUUUGUCCUUUGAUAAAUAAAUAUUAUCACAGACGAUCCCUCGUUUCGUCAUUUGAAAAUUUCCCUUUGCGAGCCAACUGCCUGCAUGGUACAACGUGUGCGUUGUACUAUGCAGUUUAAUUGUAACGAACAAAAUGUACGCCGAGGAUAGUCCGUUGUCUGUGCAUGUUUAUUAUAUACUCAGUGAAUAGGGUUGUCAACGGCCGAUACAAUAAUUUAACAUCGACAGACCCUUAAGGUGCGAUUGUUCGAACGUGUGACGUAACUUUAAAAUAUUAAAAAGUAUAAUAUUGAAGUAUUUUACAAGUGAAAUGUAGCUUGUAAAAUACUUAAAUUGAUACGUACUACUUUAACCAAUUCAAUGUAAUAAUGUAAACGUUGCACUUCGAAUAUGUUAGCGCUUAACACUUAUGAAUACGAAAAAAAAAAAAUAGUAGCCCAGUUAUGUGUUCAUAUUUUCACUACCACGAAACCAGUUGUUGUAGCUAUAUUCUUGUACAUUGGAAGACAAUUGUGCUGUUAAACAGUGGAACGAUUUUUUAUUUGGGAUCCCCUGUUUCGUUAAAUUUAUUGUGAUAAUUUUUUUUCGCAGUCUACUCGAUAAUAUGUUCCUUUAAUUUAUAAAACAAAUUGUGAAUUUAUUUUUUUUGGGAUUUUUAUUGGAAAUACUUAUAAAUAUGAACUGUAAUAUAUCAAAAAAUUGGUAGCUUGGAGAAUCCCAAUGUUCGUACAAGUGCUGUAAAAUUUAAUUCUGUCUACUUAAUCUAGUUACGGGAUUCUAGGUGAAAAUUGGCAACUAUGUAUUUCAAAAAUUAAUGUUUGUAUCAUGUCCCUUAAAUUUAUGUCUUUUGGACAGUGUUUUAACAUUUACAUAGAUAUUUUAAAAUUCUAUCAGGGCUUUAUUUUUUUUUUCACAUGAUACUGCAGCAGUGGAGUGGCGCUUAGUUUCGAACACGUGUGAAAAGUGCCUAAGUUGACACACACAAAUCUUUAAGCGCACAUUACACAGAUGGCGGUGUUGUGUGAAAGAAUUUUAUCAUAUUUAUAGGAUCAUAUAUUCGACUAAGAGUCAUAAUUACAGGGUGGAAAUAAGUGAUCUCAUUCAUUUAUACCUAAAUUUUACUUGAUAUUUUAACACUUUAACAUAAUUCAAAAUACGUCACUAGUUUACAUAAAUAGUUUGAUCUAGAUAUGAUCCUACAUAUAUGAUAAUGUAAUAAUGCCCUAAGAAAGAUAUAUUGUACAAUUGGCAUUGUUAUAAUUAGUAAAAUUAAAUACUAUUACUGUGUCCUGCCUAGCAUUCAAAAACAUUUCGCUACUUGAGACAAAAUAUUUCAGAAGUAUCUAGAAUGUAAGGCUUCUUUCUGAACUGUAUGUACAGUAUCGUUUUUAAUCUCUAACCUUGCUUUAAAUUACGCAGUACUUCUAUGCGAGUGUCGAACUACUUAUAUAAUUUUAAACACACGGUGGAUAAUCUGUGACAAAUUGUAGAGUACCGAAUAAAAUGAUACUGUACUUAUAGGUAAAUCAGGAAGUGCCAUAACUUGUAUUUCAAUUCGUAGAUAACAAAUUAAUCGUCGAUAAUGAUUUGCGUGUUACGAAAUUUAAAAUUAAGUAUUUUAAAUUUGGCUGCCUUGUCUCAGUAUGAUUUUGUUGUUAAUGUUAUAUGGAGUGUUUUAAAAUUCGUAAUAUAGUGCAUAAUAAUAAAAAUGAAAGAUCAAAAACA